CUGGCAAGUCAACCACAUCAUCCAAAGGCCAAGAGAAGGAGGUGUAUGCUGCCUUGCCUAUCCCCAUUCAUUCUUCACGCACAUCAUCGCUACUCUGAGCAGCAUCUCGACCGGAAAGGCCUGACGCUGAGCGCCAAGCUCCUUCCUCAUCACCAUCAUUUGAUCCCGCACGCCCGCAUGAUCACGCGACCAACCAUUGCAGCAUAAACCAACAAGCGCACCUCGACAAUGGCUUACUCCGAGUCAUUCGCAAAGCGCGCUCACGAGUCCGUCACUGUCUCUCGACACAUCGACUCGCCUCCGGCUCUCUACCGCUAUUGCGGACCGCCUCCUACGCAGCCUCCUCACGCCGACUUCCCGAUGAGCAGUCAUCCUCAGCCUUACCCGCCUUCGACAAGUCAUGCUGUUGACCCAUACGAUUCACACCGCCAGCAAUUACAGCCCCCGGAGCCUACUCCACCUGAUUCUGGACGGAGCAAGCACUUUCACGAGUACGACAUCAACCGGCUGGUCGCGCGAGACGCACUAACAGGACUCGAUGUAGACGAAAGCGAGCAGGAAAGCAGCGACGGAAGCAGCAGCCAGGCACAACGUAGCUGCGCAUCGCAGAGCAAUGUAAAUGCUCCAAUUCUGAGGCGAAGAGCAGCUACACGCCGCCUAGAUGAAGACUAUCUUCAGGCAGAAGAGGAACAUAGACGUGGUCAACAGCGAGCCAGCGAAUGGCUCAGCUCGGACGAUGAGAGCGACCAGGAGCAGCAUCGUCCCUCGUCAACGCACCGUCGUCGGGCUCAUUCGAGUCGCAAGCGCAAUCUCUCCUCAUCAGCAUCCCCGUCAGCCUCGCCUUCAUCCUCGUCCUCAGCAUCACCAGGCGUCGUCUGGAACCGGGUCCCCAUUCGGGACACGCCCAACAAUCCUUUCCUCGGAGGAGACCAUGGCCCACGCUCGCGCAAUCAAGCAGGCUUCGUCGGGCGUGCAGGCGAUGGCACUCGAGGUGAAGACGCAGCAAGGGCACACCGUAGGGGGCUCAUCACCUACGUCUUUCGAGGACAGCGCAUCGUGUACGCCGACGCCCCUUCAGACCUCGAAGAAGAUGAUGACGACCUCCGUCGACGAGAUGGAUCCUCACGAGCACCCUAUCGCUUUGAGCCCAAGUUGCUCUUCCCUGAAGCUCACGCUGCCGAGGAGAGGAGAAGGAGGCAGAGGGCCAGGGCUCAACAGCAGCGAGAGGCUGAGGCGCGUGACGCCGCUGAGCAGAGGCGGCAACAGGCAGCAAUUGAGCUGCGACAGCGCCAACACGCUCAUAAUCGCAGCUCGUCUUCACUCGCGCGUUUCGGUGGCAACCUCUUCGCUGCCGAGCUUCAACGACGUCAGGACCAACGUGCUGCGACAGGCAUGUUGGCUUCUCAGUCGAUGACGCUCAAGCGCACUCGCUCUGCGGCCAUGGGAGGCUACGAGGCCGAAGGAGAUGAUGAGGACGAUGGGCAGUACGGAGGCGGAGCUCGUGGUCUGCCUCGACCGCGUCUUGAGCAAGGAGACGGCCAGCAGAACCAUCGUCUUCUUGCACAACUUGACCGUGUCGGUUGGAGCGACGACGAUGAAGACGAUGAAGGUCACUGCUAUGACCGUCACGAGCCCGAUGACGAUGAUGAGCGUCUCUACGGAGGCGCAGCCGGGACGCAAGUACGCUGCGUACACCCACGAACCGUCAACGUCGACGAAGACUACGACAGCAACGAGGAGGAGGGGGAGCAGCAGCAGCAGCAGCAGCGUCCUUUGACGAAUCCCUUCGACCUAGCUCACCACUUUCAGAGGUGACAGCCUUUAGCCUAUUACGCUUCAGCAUCGCAUCAUUCAGCAUCUCGCGUCCUUACACCCACUUUAUCCAGCCAGUUCAUCCAUCCAGCGCCACACCAGCAUCUACAUUCGCGACUGCCUUGUUUCUCUCUGCACACUUUCACACACCCUUUUCGAAAUGCAUUUUUUCUCCAUUGGCGCGAACA